AUGGAUCCAGAGAAGUAUGAGGAUGCCAAACAAGACAAGUCUUGGUUAAAAGCUAUGGAGGAUGAGCUUUUUAUGAUUGAAAAAAAUGGCACAUGGACACUUGUUGACAGACCAACUGAAAAACCUGUUAUAGGGGUUAAAUGGGUCUACAAAACCAAGUUAAAUCUUGAUGGCACAGUGUUGAAGAAUAAAGCGAGGCUGGUUGCAAAGGGCUAUGCACGAAAGCCUGGUUUGGACUACAAUGAGACUUAUGCACCGGAUGCUAGCCUUAGCUGCACAAAAGAGCUGGAAACUGUAUCAGUUAGAUCGGCUUUCUUGAAUGGAGUUCUACAAGAAGAGGUUUAUGUUGAGCAGCCGGAAGGUUUUGUAGUCAAAGGCAAGGAGGAAAAGGUGUACAAGCUUCAUAAGGCUCUCUAUGGCCUAAAACAAGCUCCGAGGGCUUGGUAUGGAGAGAUUGACAAUUAUUUCUCACAGUGUGGUUUCAAGAAGAGCUUGAGUGAACCAACUUUGUACAUAAAAGCAAGGGGAGAAGAUAUCUUGACUGUUUCUAUCUAUGUGGACGAUAUAGUCUACACUGGCAGUUGCAAAAAUGCUGGAAGAGUUCAAGGAAGACAUGAAAAUGAAGUAUGA